CUCAAAUUUCAAAAUCUUUAUGACGAAAUUGCCCUCCAUCUUCACUUCAAAUUACCAAACCAGUCCAUCUUCUUCCUCAAGAUUCUUCAGCAGUCAAAGAUCCUCUCUACUGAGCAAUAAAUAUCCUAAUCUUCUUCUCUGCCUUUCUCCUCCAAUUUUUCCCUAUCUCGCUAUCUUUCCUAAUGGCUUUUCCUCGUCUCUGUUGAUUCCUUGGUGGAUAUGGAUUUCGUUGAAGGUGUUGGAGAGAGUUCUUCGCCGCCUCGAAGCUUUGGUGCCUUCUGUGGUGUCCACGAUAUUCGGAACGAUGUUUAUACUCGGUUGGUUGAGAGUGGACAUGAGGAGGCCGCUUCUAAUCCACUGUUUCGUGAGAACUUGGAUGCACACUUCAAUCGCUUGCCUCCAAGUUAUGGACUUGAUGUUAACAUGGAAAAGGUGGAAGAUGUUGUGUUACAUCAAAAUCUUCUUUCUCUAGCAAAGGAUCCAGAGAAGUGCCCUGUUUACCACAUUCGCUUUCUCGAGCACAUAUGUACUAAAACAGAUGGCAAUGACGAUGAAGAACUUGAUAGUAUUCUUCUAAGUGGUUCAUCUAAUGAGGCAGCUGAUAAAAGUUUUCCAGUGUCACACAAGAGAAUAAGGGGCAAUAUACUUGACUUUGAGCCUUGUUCCAAGCUUGAGGACUUAAAACUGGAUGUUAGAAAGAACUCAAAGGCCAUGGAUGGGAGAUAUCAUAUGGAAAGUUUUUCUAAAAGGCAGGGUAUUUCACACGUACCGGUACAUGAAGUGAUAUUUUCAACUGUUGACAAGCCUAAGCUUCUUAGCCAGCUGUCUGCUUUGCUUUCUGAUAUAGGACUUAACAUUCGAGAAGCACAUGUGUUUUCAACAUCUGAUGGUUACUCCUUGGAUGUAUUUGUGGUGGAUGGAUGGCCUGCUGAGGAAACUGAUGGCUUGUACGAAGCUAUGGAAAAAGCAGUUGCUAGAUAUGAGGGGUCGUGGUCUGGUUCUUCACACUCUCAUUCAGCAGUCAAGAAAGCAUUAGACGCCCAGACAAAAUCAGCAGAUUGGGAAAUAGAUAGACGGUUGCUGAAGAUUGGAGAAAAAAUUGCAACUGGAUCUUGUGGUGAUUUGUAUCAUGGACUAUAUCUUGGUCAAGAUGUAGCUGUCAAGAUAUUAAGAUCAGAAGAUCUAAAUGCUGAUUUAGAGGAUGAAUUCAAUCAAGAAGUGGCAAUUCUCAGGAAGGUCCAGCAUAAAAAUGUAGUUCGUUUUAUAGGUGCAUCUACAAACUCUCCACAUUUGUGUAUAGUAACAGAGUAUAUGCCUGGAGGGAGUCUUUAUGAGUACUUGCACAAGAAUCAUUGCGUGUUACAGCUGUCGCAACUGCUGAAGUUUGCUAUUGAUGUUUGUGAAGGAAUGGCAUACUUACAUUUAAAUAACAUUAUUCAUAGAGAUUUGAAGACAGCAAAUCUGCUAAUGAACACUGAACAUGCAUGCCCUCUUGUUGUGUUCAAGGUUGUAAAGGUGGCAGAUUUUGGUGUCGCGCGAUUCCAGAGCCAAGGAGUCAUGACAGCGGAAACUGGAACAUAUAGAUGGAUGGCGCCUGAGGUAAUAAAUCAUCUGCCGUAUGAUCAGAAAGCAGAUGUUUUCAGUUUUGCGAUUGUGCUGUGGGAACUAGUUACAGCAAAGGUUCCUUAUGAUUCAUUGACACCGCUACAAGCUGCCCUAGGAGUAAGACAGGGACUACGCCCGGAUCUUCCCGAAAAUGUGCACCCUAAAGUAUUGGAUUUGAUGCAAAGAUGCUGGGAUGCAGAUCCGGUCAAUCGGCCUCCAUUUACUGUGAUAAAAGUUGAACUUCAAAAUCUCCUGGAAGAAGUUCAGAUGUGUACAAAAUAUGAAGAAAAUCAUGCAGCGGUUAAUGGGAGCUGAUGUACUUGUAGAAGGUGCAGUAAAUCAAUUCGGCUUUAUCCUGAAAUCAUGCGUGAAUUUUGGUAAAGUGUUGUUUAGUGGUAAAGGAGAAGUCUUUAUUGAAUGUAAAAGCUGGGAAAAGUGAUAUCGAUAGUUUCCAAAUUGGCUGGCACCACCUUUUUCUAUGAAGCAAAGGGGGUCUAGGGAAAAGCAGUGUGGAGCUAGCUAACAAAGGAAUCAAUGGUUUGUUUUAGAAAAACUAUCUGAAGUUGCAGGUACUCAAUUUACUCAAAAAGGGCAGAAAUUAAUACAAAUUGAAGUGUAAGAUAUCAUCCUUUUAUUGAUUGUUUCGAUUGCUAAGAAUGGGCAAUCAUUGCUUCACUUCAUCAAGAGUAAGCUUCUAUCAGUGGUAAAUUACUGAUUUCUGUACUUGUUGAUUAUUAAUGAAAGAUAAUCUCGAUCUCUAUUGAUUUAUCUCUUUGUAAUUAAAAUUAACAGUCGAAGGUAAGGGAAAUUUGGGAGAUGAAGAGAGAGUAAGAUGAGCUCUAAGUUUUACAGGGUUUAAUGUUGUUAUUGAAAGUUCUAGAGACGACUUGUGCUCGUCCCUAAAUGGAAUGACUCUCUUAGUGACGUUGACCUGCAUUCCCAUGUCUGCUCUUCUCCACUGUAAACUCAAGACGUUGGUUUUGUCAAGAUACUGACUCUUUUCUUUUGAAGUUUCGAGGACUUAUUAAAAGUUUCCAUUUGGAUAAUUUUCACUCUAAAUUGUUAUGAAUUAUUGGUAGAAGAAGAGUUGUAAUCAAGUUCAGCUAUUUGAGUCGAUCAAACUUGAUUAUUGUAGCAGCCAUACUAAAAUGGAAAUGGUGGCCAAGAUAUAUGAAGCCAACUUUGCUUCGUGAAUGUUUA